AUGUCUCACGAACAGUCGACAGAGAGCACUCGGCUCCAGGAUCGACCGCAUAUUCCUGCAGACGACAGCUCAGACACUCCAAACGAGACUUUUUCUCUCCCGCCGGUCGAUGAGGGUCGCGACGCUUGGCUUUGUCUCUUCGGUUGCUUCAUCAUCGAGUCUCUGGUCUGGGGUUUUCCUGCAUCUUUUGGUAUUUUCCAAGAAUAUUAUACUUCACAUCCUCCUUUCGCCGACCACUCUUCCGGCAUCGCCGCCAUCGGAACAACAUCACUCGGCAUCAUCUAUCUCUCUGGACCUCUGAUGUUUGGUGGACUGGCAUACUGGCCACAUCUGAGAAAACAUGCGACUUAUGCUGGCUUGCUGUGUAUGACAGUCUCCUUGGUCGCCUCUUCAUUUGCAAACGCUGUUUGGCAAUUGCUUUUGACUCAAGGUGUCUUGUAUGCUAUUGGUGGUUCGCUACUGUACAGUCCCACCGUCACAUACGUCGAUGAAUGGUUUGUGCGUCGCAAAGGUCUGGCUUAUGGAGUCAUGUGGGCUGGCAGCGGGUUUGCUGGAGCAUCGAUUCCUUACCUCAUGUCCUGGGUCCUGGGACGCUGGUCCUUCCGCACAGCUCUCCGGAUGUGGUCAAUUGUGUUAGUGUUGCUUGUGCUCCCAUUCUUGCACUUCACACGACCUCGUGUUCCGGUCAAUGCAGCAUCGUCUGCUCCUCGUCCUCGCUUCAACUUCUCCUUCCUCAAAUCGAGAUUGUUCAUCAUCUACAGCUUGGGAAAUGCAGUUGAGGGCUUGGGGUAUUUCUUGCCUAGUAUCUGGCUUCCUACUUAUGCACGAUCUAUUGGCUCUUCGAACACCAUCGCUACUGCCACACUUGCAUUGCUGAAUGCUUCGGCGGUCCUCGGUUGUAUCGUGUUGGGCUUGGUCAUCGACAGAACGCACAUCACGACCGCUAUCCUCCUCUCCACAAUCGGUGCCUUGCUCUCAGUAUUCAUAUUCUGGGGCCUCGCUUCGUCAACAGGAAUGCUCCUCGCCUUCGCAAUCACAUACGGCUUCUUCGCAGGCAGUUUCAGCACUACUUGGAGCGGCAUCAUCAAAGAAGUCUUGACGUCUAAACCUGAUACGCAUCCCAGUCUGGUGUUUGGCUUUUUGGCCAUGGGAAGAGGAAUUGGCAGUAUUUGCUCAGGUCCUAUGAGUGAUGCUUUGGUGCGUAUGACGGCUUCGAGUUCAAGACCAAGCCUGGGAUAUUCUUCUGAUUAUAAUCUGUUGAUCAUCAUGACUGGUGUCACUGCUGCUGUUGGUGGUUUAAGUUGGGGUGCAAGGAGGUUUACGUGGGUUUGA